GAGCACAAGUAGCCAACCGAGCUCGAGGUAGCGCCGCUUACCUGCCAGGUAGCCGCGCACUCAUUCAGUGUUGUGCUUGCAGUCGAUGAGCUUCAACCUCCUCACCUAGGGGAGCCUUCAAGGUUUCUGGCGCGCAGUGAACUUGAAACGCGGUGAUAACAUUAACGAGUGAUCGUGGUCAGAGAGGCACCCAUGAACAGUGCGCCACCAAAAUGCUAAUCUCCAACGGAAACGCGUUGGGAAGCGGAAACGACUUUUCCAAUGUUCCUGGACUUUCCGGCUGUUGUCCUGUUCCGGUCGCUCCCGCUGCCCGAUCCGCCAUUGUCAACUGGAAGAUGGAUUCCGUCGGGUUGCCUGCCCCUAACACGGCGCCCAGUGUCCUUUCUACGGCCAUCCCGCUCUCGCCCACAGUAGCCUCAUCGCCGACAAUUACCAGUCCCACGUCGGGGGCCUCGACAGUCCCGUCCUCUCUGGCCCCAACAGCCCUGCGGGAACUCUACGGAAAUGCCGCCACGGCCCCCGGCCAUCCUCUCGCUUCGCUAGUCUCGCAACAAAGGUUUCUCGAAUUGUCCAGAUUCGGUUUAAGACAUUACGAUUUGGCCCAGCAUAUGCUCACCCAACAAGGGGCCGUCACGAAAUUGCUGGGCACGCUUCGACCGCCUGGACUAAUCGGUGGCAGCAAGCCCAAAGUAGCAACUCCGGCCGUAGUCUCGAAGAUAGAACAGUAUAAAAGAGAGAAUCCGACGAUUUUCGCAUGGGAAAUACGAGAAAGAUUGAUAUCAGAAGGUGUGUGCACUAAUGCAACGGCUCCAUCUGUAAGCAGCAUCAACAGGAUACUCAGAAAUCGCGCGGCUGAAAGAGCUGCAGCGGAAUUCGCACGAGCUGCCGGCUAUGGCCUCUACCAUCCUCAUCCUUACGCAGCAGCAGCUGCUGCAUUUCCCUGGCAUUCACCUUUGUGGCCUAAUAGUCCUUUGGGACUUCAACCUCCAGGUGCCGGUGCGUCUAUGAUGGCUGGUUCCCCUAGUUCCUCUGGUUCGCCACAUCCUGAUCAUGGCCUUUUGAACUCACCCCCUGGCACUCAUCCUGACAGCAAAGACGAUUCCAGUCUGGACAGUUCCGAACAACCCAAAUUCAGAAGAAACCGGACAACUUUUAGCCCCGAUCAAUUAGAAGAGUUGGAAAAAGAAUUCGAGAAGAGUCACUACCCUUGUGUUUCAACACGAGAGCGUCUGGCGUCAAAAACCUCUCUGUCGGAAGCCCGGGUUCAGGUUUGGUUUUCUAACAGACGAGCGAAAUGGAGACGCCACCAACGCAUGAACCUCUUAAAGCAGUCCUCGCCGGGCCCCCAAGGCAGCCAGUCUUCGAUGUUCGGCGGCCGCUUGACGCCCUCUCCGCACUACACAGCCGCUUCCACCCCUGGCUCGCCGCUUACUACUCGCACCGGGGGACCGACGGCUUCCUCCCUUUUGUUGCAAAUGGGAGGAGAAAAUAGUGCCUUCAAGGCUUUGGUACCGAACCAAUUGUUGGCGCAUGAUAACAUGAGACGUCUCAGUGAUUACGCGACGGAUUCCGAGGAGGAGAUUAACGUCAACGACGAGUCUGACAAUGACGAGCCACGGAGGCGGAGGUCGCGGUCUUCGAGUCCCGUCGAAGUAGUCGACUCACCGGCCAAAGAGACGCCCACAUGUCAGCCUUUGCAGCUCACCAUGCACGAUCGCGAUUAAUUUACGAUUACGUACAUGGUGAAACAACAUUACCAAAGCAAUUCAACUCUUAUAACACUUAUUUAUCUCUGUAAAUACUAUUUAAAUGACGUGACGGAUACACCAAAAGGUUCCUCCACUCGGCUCGCAGAUAAUUAAUAAAGAUAGCAAUUUUGUUCCAAAAUCAGAAAAGACUUUUGCUCAACUCUUAACACAACAUUUUUCCAGUUAAACCGGUUUAGAUCAAGUCAGGUCAGGUCAAAUUAUUUCAAAUUACUAGUCAUUUCUUGUUUUUGAUUUUGGAACUGUCUAUCGCCGGUGACCUGAGUCUCUUCACUUAGUGUUGAUUUUCUAGACUAAGAACGAGAAUUGUAGAAAUAAGUGGAUGCACUUGUAAAUAAAAGGAGAAUGAGUUUGAACGUACUAGAAUAGAAGGAAACUGUUGAUAUUUAAAUUAUGUGUAUAUGGAAGACGAGGAAAUCGUCUUAGUUUAAUAAAUUGCUUGGUUGUCGUGUUUGUUAGAGAGCGUAGGCUUUUCUAAUGAAUGGACAACAGCGGCAACUCGUCCAUUGUAUAGUAGCCGUAAGAAACUGUAAUAAUUGUUAACGAAAUACAAUUUGCAUAAACGUU